UCUUUCAUAUCUCAUAGGAUUCUAUCCGUAAAGAAUCUUAACUCUCAUAGUAUUUCUCUUUCUCUGUAAAGUUUUCCUAGUUAAGGAAAUUGUAAUUAAAGACGAAAACCAUCAGCUACGGAUUCACCAGUUCACCAUUCGCUGGCCAAACAAUUCCCUAAAAGAUUCUAAAAUCAGCAAAGAUUCUUUGCUGUACUUAACUAAUUUACAUUGUAUUUGUUAAAUUUUCCUUUUCAAUCACCCAUCAAGCAUUAUUGUCAAUUCACAUUUUCAAGCAAUUAAAUACUAAAGGCAAAGACAUCUGAUUAUCUUCUUCAUCAGAUUUUGAAUUCUGCAGUUCACACUCGUUCACGUUUUGCUUUUGGACAUUACUUCACUGUCCUUACCCAUAGCGCUCCUUAGAAGAAGUCAUAAAAGAAAGAGUAAUAAGGUUGGCUGAUAAUAUUUUUUACUAGUCAUGAGUGUUGUUAAUGGAAGUGCGGCUCCUCCAUCGAGGCUUGAGGGAAAAUAUAAAGCAAUGUUUAUUUGUUGGAUGCUGGGUCUUGGGUCGCUUGUUUCAUGGAACAGUAUGCUAACCAUAGGAGAUUAUUACUACAAGAUAUUCCCGAGUUACCAUCCUUCAAGGGCACUUACUCUUGUUUAUCAACCAUUUGCACUUGGAACAAUGACAUUACUAGCAUAUAAUGAGUCAAAGAUUAACACCAGAAAGAGAAACAUAGCUGGCUAUAUACUCUUUACUACAAGUACUUUGAUGCUGUUGGUUUUGGACUUGGCUACAUCAGGGAAAGGAGGAGUUGGACCUUACUUGGGCAUAUGUGGUCUAGUUGCUCUUUUUGGAAUUUCAGAUGCCCUUGUUCAAGGUGGCGUGGUUGGGGACUUGUCUUUCAUGUGCUCUGAAUUCAUCCAAUCCUUUCUUGCUGGGUUGGCUGCAUCAGGAGCAUUAACCUCUGCUUUGAGGCUAAUCACAAAAGCAGCAUUUGAAAAGGCUAGUAAUGGGCUUCGAAUUGGUACAAUGUUAUUUUUAGCAAUCUCCACAUUUCUGGAAUUUCUCUGUGUUCUGCUAUAUGCAUUUUGCUUCCCUAAAUUGCCAAUAGUGAAGUAUUACCGUGCCAAGGCAGCAGCAGAAGGAUCAAAAACUGUUUCAGCUGAUCUUGCAGCUGCUGGAAUCCAAACAUCUGCAACCCAAGAAGAUGAAAAUGAUCCCAAACAGUUUGAACGAUUGAGCAAUAAAGAACUGUUUUUCCAAAACAUUGAUUAUGCACUUGAUCUAUUUCUAAUAUAUGCACUUACAUUGUCAAUAUUCCCCGGAUUCUUAUACGAAAAUACUGGCAAACACAAAUUAGGCGAAUGGUAUGCUGUAGUUCUGAUUGCAAUGUACAACAUUUGGGAUCUCAUAGCAAGAUAUAUUCCCUUAAUAGGAUCCUUGAAAUUGGAGUCUAGAAAGGGCAUAAUGAUUGCAAUUCUCUCGCGUUUUCUAUUCAUUCCAGCAUUUUACUUCACUGCAAAAUAUGGUGAUGAAGGAUGGAUGAUAAUGCUGAUAUCCGUUUUAGGACUAACAAAUGGAUAUCUAACAGUUUGUGUCCUUACAGUGGCACCCAAAGGUUACAAGGGACCUGAGCAAAAUGCUUUGGGUAAUUUGCUUGUGGUAUUCUUGGCAGGCGGCAUAUUUGCAGGAGUAGCUCUGGAUUGGCUGUGGCUUAUAGGUAGUAACAAUUCAUUCUGAUGAAGAAAACAAUGCAGUUCAUAAAUUUGGGAUUUGGGCACCAGUUCACGUACAUUGCUGCUCAAAUCAUUAACAUCAAUAUCAUCUUCUUUCCUUAUUAUUCGGCUCAAA